AUGUAUCGAUGGGGCUCAAGUCCCUUAUAUACUUCCAGAUUAGGCACUUUGGUCACCCUCGACGGAGAGUCAAUCUCCAGUGGGUGUUCCAGCACCCUAGGAAUUGAAAACUGGAAUGCUUGGGUGGGCAGUCAAUCUCGGUUGAACCGAGCUCGAUCGCCGACCAAGUCUGCAUUGAGGGUUGGGAUUACCAGUAGCUACGACACCAAAUUCGACGACUACGUUCAACACGUUAAGGAGAUCAUUCCCGAACAGUUAACUAAGUUUAUAAGCAGCGACGCCCCUUAUGGCCCAGGGAACCAGUUCUUCCAGUGCACCUACAGCUACAAUAGUGGGGAUUCAAGUACGGGCUCGUGCCCCGGGGAUAUUGGCAUCGACUCGGGGACCUUUACGAAUGGGUUCUACAGCAACCUAUCCGCGGGGUACGGCAUCGAUCGGGACUGGAACCUCACAGCAACCAUCUCCACGGCGAAGAUCGACCUCGCGCUGGGGUCGUGGCUCGGCACCACAGACGAUGUUGUGCAGUCGCUGUCCAUGGCGGUCUUCCUGCUGAGCCAGGCGGUGGCCAACAUGCAGGCGGUGGUCGCCAUCACCAACUCGUACGAGGCAGCCAAGAAAAAACAGAUGAUUAACAAGAUCCUGAUAGGGGUGCUCCUGCUCGUCCCGUUUCUGGGUGAGUUGGACGCCGUGGCGGAUACCUUGGUAGGCCUGGCUAGGAUUAUUAGGAUGAUUGGGGAUGCAGGGGUCGGCGCUACCACCAUCUAUAACAUCGUGCAAGACCCUAAGAUGGUCCCCCUGACUAUUAUGGAAACCCUCUUAGCAAGUGGCAUGCGCGAUCAGGAUAGUUUCUCCACUAUGGGCGCGGCAAGAAGGGCCAUGAGCAAGAAUGAUAUGGCGGAACUAGGCUCGGAGAUUAAAGCAUUGGACGACCAGUUCCAGGGUAUUGUUUCUAAGUGUCUGCCCAAAUAA